CAGAAGAAGAAGCUGCAUUAAGGGAAGUGCCGCAGUGUGUUCAGCUCUGUGGUGCUGCGUAGAUGUCAACCAGGGUUUUUAUCAGCUAAUCCGAAGAAACAUACUUCAUUGUUUUUUAAACUAUACAUAUAACGUCACAAAAUGGCCACUGAUUCGGGAUACGGCGGCUCACAAAGCUAUGGAUCAUAUAGUGGUCAGCCGGGCGGGCAGGGUUAUGGUCAAGGAAAUGGCAGUGGCUCUUAUGGGGGACAGAGUUACAGUGGCUAUGGACAGCAAGGUGCAGCACAAGACGGUUAUGGCCAAUCUCAGCCACAGAGCUAUGGAAGUUACGGUCAGGACUCAUCUGGGUAUGGCGAUAAGUCGACGUCUUAUGGGCAGCCAAGUUCCUAUGCUGGCCAGGGGCAAGCAGCAGACAGCUAUGGGCAGCAAAGCUCCUAUGGUAGCCAAGGGCAAGGAGGUGGCAGCUAUGGAAGAUGGAGUGAAAGUGAAAGUGGUGGUCAGGGUGGGCGGUUCGGACGUGACCAAGGAGACCGUUCAGAAGGAGGGGCCUACAGAGGCCGAGGCCGUGGUGGUUAUGACCGUGGUGGUUAUGAUCGUGGCGGUUAUGACCGCGGUGGAUACGACCGUGGCGGAAGAGGUGGACCUCCUGGUAUGGGAGGUGGUGACCGUGGUGGCUACAAAAAUUACGGUGGCUCUCGAGACUACGGCUCAAGGGAUGAACCAGAUGGUGAGCAGGACAACUCUGACAACAACACCAUUUUUGUCCAGGGACUGGGAGAAGAUGCCACCGUUCAGGAAGUCGGCGACUUCUUCAAGCAAAUUGGUAUCAUCAAGGUGAACAAGAAGACCGGCCUGCUAAUGAUCAACAUCUACUCUGACAAAGCCACCGGUCGGCCAAAAGGAGAAGCAACAGUGUCAUUUGAUGACCCACCCUCUGCUAAAGCUGCUAUUGAUUGGUUUGAUGGCAAGGAGUUCAAUGGCAAACCCAUCAAAGUAUCAUUUGCCACUCGCAGAGCUGAGUUCACACAGAGAGGAGGGGGUGGCGGCGGUGGAAGAGGGGGGCGAGGAGGAGGUUUCAGAGGUCGUGGUGGUAGUGGACCCAGCUUUGACAUUAAGGGAGGAGACUGGCCCUGUCCCAACAGCUCUUGUGGCAACAUGAAUUUUGCGCGAAGGCAAGAGUGUAACAAGUGUGGCACGCCCAAACCAGGAGAUGCAGGCGGUGAUCGUGGAGGCAGAGGCGGUUACGGCGGUGACAGAGGUGGUGGCUUCAGAGGGCGUGGAGGUUUCCGUGGGGGAGACCGCGGAGGCUACGGAGGUGGUGGCGGCGGCGGAGGAUUUGGCGGGGGCUACAAAAUGGGAGGAAGAGGUGACCGCAGAGACGACAGAAGAGACCGGCCAUACUAAGUGUUGAGCAGAUGGAAACCAUUCCAGCCCUUGAGUUUGCUGUGGAGGGAGGGAAAUUGGGGGGUGUUAGGAUUGGGGAAGGUGAUGGAUCAGAUAUUCUGAUUUGUGUACCUUGUUUUUGUAGCCAAUAUAUCCCAGCUAUAACUGUUCAUCUACAAGUGAGGGGAAGGGUGUGUUGAGCUACUGUGAAGGGACUUGGGGGCUGAUUGGCACUGUUGGCAUGUGGUCAAAUGUUGUUUGGUUUUUUUUUUUUCUCCCCCUUUUUUGUUUUAUUUCUUUGUACAUCUUUUAAUUUUCUCUCAGAUUCUAGUUGCAGAUGUGUUGUGAGGUAGACUUCGUACCUUUUUUUUGUUUUGUAUGAACGGAAUAAAAUGUUUUACUUGGA